AUGUCCCCCUAAGCUCUGCUGGCUCUCAUGGGGGUCCCUGGGUGUCAGCACUUUCCCCCACCCCCCGAGGUCCCCAGUGAGGAGUGGGGGUGCUGAGAAAUGUCACCCUGUGUGUAGCAGGUGGCUGGAGGAGUGGACAGGGAUGCAGUGGAAGGUGGGGGGGUCCCUGGAGCUGCAGGAACUUGGGAGUCCCAGCAUCCCCUCAGCCCUGGCAGGUCCCCAACUCUGGCACUGUCUGCAGCCCAGACCCCGGAGCAGUGUCCCCAUCCCCUGUGUGCUCCCCUUCCCUGGAUCCUGGGGCACAUGGGGCAGCAGAAAUGCCCCCCAAACCUCACCCUAUCCUCCAGGUGUGACACUUACUGAUGUCCCAUCCUGCCACCCCACCACCCAAGUGGGUGCCCAUCGUGACGUGGGGUCCCUGGCCAGGACUGAGCCCUUCCAGCACCUGGGGGAGGAGCCCUCUGCAGUGUCCCCAGGCCCCAGCUGCAGGAUGGGUCUCACCUGGAAGGUGACACUCUGGGGUGGCCUCAUCCACUGGGAAAGGUGUCGAUCAGUGUCAAUCGCAAAGGGUGUCUAUCGCGGCUGUAACCCAAUGCCAGCAUCAGGUUUCAGCCAGGAGGAGGAGCAGGGCUACAGCCCUGCCACUGUCCUCAGGGCCACCAACCCUGCCCAAAGCCAUGCUGGCUCUGCCACCGGUGCAGAAGCUGCUGCGGCAGCUCCCGGUGGGGCCAAAACCACCGGUGGGUGGUGAUGUGGCCGAAGAGCUGACGAGCCCAGUGCUGGCCACCGAAGCUGGACAACCCGCCUGCUACAGUGCCCUGCGAGCUGAUGAGCUGCAGCCCCUCUCUGGCCCUGAGCCCACAGUGACCACUGGCACUGGGGCACCGCCGUGGCAUGAUGACCUCAAAGAGAUGCUCGAUAGCAACAAGGAUUCACUCAAGCUGGAGGCCAUGAAGAGGAUCGUGGCGAUGAUUGCCCGGGGGAAAAACGCUUCUGACCUCUUCCCAGCUGUGGUGAAAAACGUUGCCUGCAAGAACAUUGAGGUGAAGAAGCUGGUGUAUGUCUACCUGGUGCGCUACGCAGAGGAGCAGCAGGACCUUGCCCUGCUCUCUAUCUCCACCUUCCAGCGAGGACUCAAGGACCCCAACCAGCUGAUCCGCGCCAGCGCCCUGCGGGUCCUCUCCAGUAUCCGCGUUCCCAUCAUUGUGCCCAUCAUGAUGCUGGCCAUCAAGGAGGCUGCCUCGGACAUGUCCCCGUAUGUGCGCAAGACAGCUGCCCAUGCCAUCCCCAAGCUGUACAGCCUUGAUUCUGACCAGAAGGACCAACUCAUCGAAGUAAUUGAGAAGCUCCUGGCGGACAAGACUACACUCGUGGCCGGCAGCGUGGUGAUGGCAUUUGAGGAGGUCUGCCCAGAGCGCAUUGACCUCAUCCACAAGAACUACCGCAAGCUCUGCAACCUGCUCAUCGACGUGGAGGAGUGGGGGCAAGUGGUCAUCAUCAACAUGCUGACCCGCUACGCACGCACCCAGUUCCUCAGCCCCAACCAGAACGAGUCCUUGCUGGAGGAGAGCACCGAGAAGGCUUUCUAUGGCUCUGAGGAGGAUGACACCAAGGAUGCCAAGGCAGAGGCAGCCCCGUUGGCCAAGCGCAAGCCCUAUGUCAUGGACCCCGACCACCGCCUGCUCCUGCGCAACACCAAGCCCCUGCUGCAGAGCCGCAAUGCUGCGGUGGUGAUGGCUGUGGCGCAGCUGUACUUCCACCUGGCACCCAAGGCAGAGGUCGGCGUCAUCGCCAAGGCACUGGUGCGGCUUCUGCGGAGUCACAGCGAGGUGCAGUAUGUUGUGCUGCAGAACGUGGCCACAAUGUCCAUCAAAAGACGGGGAAUGUUUGAACCCUACCUGAAGAGCUUCUACAUCCGCUCCACAGACCCCACACAAAUCAAGAUCCUCAAGCUGGAGGUCCUCACCAACCUGGCCAAUGAGACCAACAUCUCCACCAUCCUGCGGGAGUUCCAGACCUACAUCCGCAGCAUGGACAAGGACUUUGUGGCAGCCACCAUCCAAGCCAUUGGGCGCUGCGCCACCAACAUUGGCAAGGUGCGGGACACCUGCCUCAACGGCCUGGUCCAGCUCCUCUCCAACCGAGACGAGCUGGUGGUGGCCGAAUCUGUGGUAGUCAUCAAAAAGCUGCUGCAGAUGCAGCCAGCCCAGCACAGCGAGAUCAUCAAGCACAUGGCCAAGCUCACCGACAACAUCCAGGUGCCGAUGGCACGAGCCAGCAUCUUGUGGCUCAUUGGUGAGUACUGCGAGCAUGUGCCCAAGAUCGCACCUGAUGUGCUACGCAAGAUGGCCAAGUCCUUCACCAAUGAGGAGGACAUCGUCAAGUUGCAGGUCAUCAACCUGGCAGCUAAGCUCUACCUGACCAACUCCAAGCAGAGCAAGCUACUGACCCAGUACGUCCUCAACUUGGCCAAGUACGACCAGAAUUAUGACAUCCGUGACCGGGCUCGCUUCAUCCGCCAGCUCAUCGUGCCCACCGAGAAGAGCGGGGCCCUCAACAAGUACGCCAAGAAGCUCUUUCUAGCCCAAAAACCCGCUCCCAUCUUGGAGUCCUCCUUCAAAGAUCGAGACCAUUUCCAGCUGGGUUCCCUGUCCCACCUGCUCAACACUAAGGCUGUGGGCUACCAGGAGUUACCCGACUGGCCGGACGAGGCCCCCGACCCUUCUGUGAGGAAUGUGGAGGUUCCUGAGUGGACCAAGUGCACCAGCCGGGAGAAGAGGAAGGAGAAGGUGGAGAAACCUUUCUACUCCGACUCGGAUGGCGAGUCAGGGCCCACAGAGUCAGCAGACAGUGAGCCUGAGUCUGGCAGCGAGGAGAGCGGCAGCAGCAGCAGCUCCAGCAGCUCCAGCUCUGGGAGUGAGGAGGAGGAGGAAGAAGAGGAGGAAGGCAGCGGGGAGCAGUCAGAGGACAAGGAGGAGGAGGAGGAGGAGAAGAGGCCGAAGAGGAAGGAGAAAGAAGGCUCCUGGCAGGCAGCCCCAGGCAGCGCGGGCAGCCCCAGUGAGGAAGAGGAGGAUGAGGAGAGGGCAAAGAAGGCUAAGAAGAAGGUGGCGCUGCAGGGGAAGAAGGGCUGUGCUGAGACCUCGGAGGAGGAGGCCAGCGGCUUUGAGAGCAGCUCCUCAGGCUCUGACUCUGGCUCCGAGGCGGAGGCCACUCAGAGGAAGGCACCCCCCAGCAGCAGGGCCGUCCCCAAGGAGAUCUCCCUGCUCGACCUGGAUGACUUCACCCCACCUACUCCCCAGCCCAUCUCCUCCAGCAGUGUCAUCUCCACCAGCCUGGUGACCGACCUGGAGGGCCUCACGCUCAUUGACACCUCCCUGGCACCCACCCUGCUGAGCCCAGGGUUCGGUGCAGUGAGGACCUAUGAGCUGCUGCACCGCAUGGCGGGCGAGGGACUCUCGGUGGAGUACUGCUUCAGCCGACGGCCCUUCCCAGGGGACCAACACAUGGUGGCCGUCCAGAUCCAGAUCUCCAACAACACUGACACCGAGGUGAAGAGCCUGCGGGUCAGUGAGCCCAAGCCGCUCUCUGGCAUGCGGAUCCAGGAGUUCCCUGAGAUCGAGUACUUGGCACCUGGGGAGACUGCCAGUGUGGUGAUGGGGAUCGACUUCUGUGACUCCACCCAGGCAGCCAACUUCCAGCUGUGCACCCACACACGCCACUUCUACGUCUCCAUCCAGCCUCCCGUGGGGGAACUCAUGGCCCCUGUCUUCAUGAGUGAGAAUGAGUUCAGGAAGGAGCAAGAACAUCUUGCGUGGCUAGGCGAGGGAAAGCUGACGGGCAUGAGCGAGAUCACAGAGAAGCUGAUGCUAUCUGAGAAAUACCGGAGUGACCACGCCAUCGUCCAGCAAGUGACCUCGGCUGCCAAUGUGGGCCGUGUACCCUGUGGUGCCGACAACGAGUACAGACGGCUCCCUGGACCCCACUGGAGCAUCCCACGUGAUGGAGGGACAGCUCAGCCUAAAGCCCUGUUUGCCACGGGCAGGUUUGCGGCCAAGACAGUGACCAGCGGGAGCCUCGUGCUUAUCACCCUGGAGCAACGGGAGGGUGCCGCGGCACAGCUGACCAUUAACAGUGAGAAGAUGGUCAUUGGCACCAUGCUGGUGAAGGACAUCAUCCAGGCCCUGACACAGUGAUGGCCAAGGCCCCUCUGCCGUCCCAAUCUCCCUCUGCCCCACAUUGCUCCCCAGAACGCUCCCUGCCCUGAUUUCUGCUGGGUUAUCCCCCACCCUGAUCCCAGAAAGGUGGCAGGCAGUGCACCCCAGGCCAGUUUUGCUGCUGGGAAGGAGUGAGAUGGGGCAGAUGGGAGAAAGGACAGGGCAACAGCAGCUCCAGCCCUCGGCCCCUUGCUACGAUUUCCUAGUGUAACCCUUAUUUAUUAUGGUACUCCCAAUAAAGCUCUUCUUGA